UCUCCAGUGGGUUUACAGCUCAAUGAGUAUUGCUAAGGUUUCUGUGAAGCAGGCAUUCAGCUUUGCUGUAACCACCUAUGGUUGUUCCGGGUAGCUCACAGGUAUGAAUCCCUCUGGAAUGACGGUGAAGCUGAGCAGCAAAAGAGUAUAAGAAACUACCACUGUGUAUAAAAGUGAAACCACAGAAUCUACUGGCGAUGUCAUCGCUUUGCUCUGUGAUGAGGGUAUCCCAGGGGUUCAGGUUGAGGAACGCACUUUAUCUCCACAACACAGGACAACCGUGAACUCUGCACAAUCAGCCUCUCUGUCUUCAGCCAUGAGUGCGACUGUGAGCUGAUAGUAUGUGAUCAACAGCACCCUGGCACCUACCAUCCUGCUGCUUCACCUCAAUAAAACCUAGCGGGACUAUUCAAUGUGAGUUAUGAAAAUGGCAGAGGAGGGUUUCCAGCUCAGAGGUUACGACAGCAACGACUGCGCUGAGGAACCCAAGUUUCAGCCAACUGAUUUUCCCACAUCAUCACUAGCAUCCCUCCAUCUCAGGGAUGAUGAUGUGGUCAUCAAAGAGGUCACCAACCAUAUGAUGGAUAAUCCUGAGCUCUCUGUAGUUCCUGAUACGAUGUCAUUACCACUUAACCAAUCCCAACUAAAGAAAGACAUAUCAGUGGAGACUGGGUUUGAAGCUUCAUCAGCAGUUCAGCAAGUUCAAGAGUUGUUUGAACCGGAGAUGGGGCAAAACGACAGCGGGGCUCAGUCUUGUUCCCUGACAGCGAUUCUGCAGGACCUCUCCUCCCCUGUUGAUCAUGAUGUGUUUCCUGUCCCAAGAACUAACAUCGCCAAGGAAGGAGACCUUCAAUCCGAGAACAAAAUAACCAAAGCUAUGGCAGCAUGUGGUUCCAGCUCUGAUGAAAACCAUCUAUCAGAGGCAGAGUGGUACUGGGGAAAUAUCUCGAGAGAGGAAGUAAAUGAGAUUAUGAGAAACACUCCUGAUGGGACAUUCCUGGUUCGAGAUGCCUCCAGCAAGGUUAAGGGAGAAUACACUCUUACAUUAAGAAAAGAUGGCACAAACAGACUGAUAAAGAUCUUCCACCAUGGGGCAAAGUAUGGAUUCUCUGAGCCACUGGCUUUUCCCUCAUUGGUAGACCUGAUUCAGUAUUUCCAGAACAAGUCUCUGGCCCAGUACAACUCUAAACUGGACACACAGCUUCUCUACCCCCUAUCUAGACACCAGCAGCAGCAGGUUGUGAUGGAAGUUGACAUUGAUGCAGUUGGGGAGCAACUGAGAAAACUUCAGGAUCAAUACAAAGAGAAGAGCAAAGAAUAUGACCAUCUGUAUGAGAAGUUUAACCAAACAUCCCAGGAACUGCAGAGCAACAGGACAGCCAUAGAGGCUUUCAGUGAAAUCAUUCGGAUCUUUGAAGAGGAGUGUGAAACACAAGAACGCUAUAGCAAAGAAUACAUCGACAUGUUCCUCACAUUAGACAGCAAUACAGAGACUGACAAGAUUCAAAACAAUUCGGAUGAUCUGCAGUCAAGGGUGGAGGAGAUCCAUUGCAGCAAGAAGAAGUUAGAGGAGGAGCUGAGGAAUAAGGCGCUAGCACACAUGGAGGUCGACAGGAAGAUGAACAGCUUGAAGCCGGACCUUGUGCAGCUCAGGAAGAUCAGAGAUCAAUACCUUGCAUGGCUCACACAGCAAGGCACUAAACAGAGCCAGAUCAAUGAAUGGCUUGGUCUCAGGAAUGAAGAAGAAGACCCGUACACCUUGGCAGACGAUAGCCACCAGGAGGAGCAGAGCUGGUAUGUUGGUGGUAUGAGACGGAAAGAGGCAGAGGAACUACUGAGGGGGAGAAGAGACGGGACCUUUCUUAUCAGAGACAGCCAGACUCAGAGAGGUUGCUUUGCCUGCUCUGUUGUUGUGGAAGGGGAUGUGAAGCACUGUGUGAUCUACAGGACAUCAACUGGAUAUGGCUUUGCUGAGCCCUACAACCACUACUCUUCGCUGAGAGAGCUGGUCCUCCACUAUCGACACACAUCCCUGAUCCAACACAACCAGCAGCUGAAUGUAACACUUGCCUGGCCUGCUCUCAGCCAGCAGCCCAGCUGAGACACACCAGCACGCCACUCUAUAGGCGCUUUCCCAAAGCUUCACCGUACAAGCACUGAGGACGCACCAAUAUGGACACUGUUACCAGGCUCUAACAGAGCACCGGGUAUGUGUUGUCACCUUCAAAUAAUUUUAAGAAAUCACUUUGAUCCAAUCCUUAACUGGUAUGGUCACCACACCCACAAAAAGAUGACCCAAAACAAUCAGUUGAAAAGCGUUUCCACACUUGUUUUAGUUCUGAUAAGUUAAUAGUCCGUUUUGUUAGUUUCAUACAAAGCUCCAUUUUAAACUCCUGGCAUAACUUUUUCAGCCAAGUCACAAAAAAGUUUACUCGUGAUCUGUAGUUUGUUCACAUAAUUUGGAAAAAGUUAUUGGUGUUACAGAAUUCAGCUUUGAAAAAAUGAUCAAGCAGUUCAGAGAUUGUAAUGAACAACAUGUCAACACUAGUGCUAGUUUCAGCAUCUUUCCCAUACCUUUGCUAGUGUCUAGGUAACAACAUUUUAACAAUGUAGUGGUUUAUAAUAAUAUCCGGGGUAGCAGUUAGGUUGCGUCCCAUGUACGGAGGAUAUGGCCUCCAGGCCCCAGGUUCGAGUCCGAUCUGUGGCUCUUUUCCCCACGUCAUUUCCCACUCUCCCGAUUUCCUACUUUAUCCUGUCCAAUCAAAAAAGGCAUAAAAGGCCAAAAAUGAAUCUUGAAAAAAUAAUAAUAAUAUCAGGAAAACACAAAAUUUGAGUAUCCCUCUUCCAGAUUUUUUGUUUUAUAGAAGUUAACCCUUCAUAGAGACACAACGUUGUUUUCUUUAAAAAAUUAAGGUGAAGUAUUAAUUCAUGUUUAAGAUGCAAAUAUCAGGUUUCAAACACUAUCACAUUUAUGGUCUUUAAAAUUGGUCAUACAUUUCUAAAAAGUGUUUUUUUUUCCUCAAAAAUAUGCAAAUUAAAGCUCUGUAUCAUGCUGUGCAUCCAAAAGGACAUAGUGCUCCAACACUAUGUAUUUCUUAAGCUUUGAAAAAUACUGACACGCGUCACUUUAUGAUAAAUAUAAUCCAUUCAUAUGGUGCAAUUGUGGUUCUAAAGGUGCUUCUAGGAAACUAGAUAUGUGAAUUAUGGCCAGUGUCAACGCGAUAGAUACAGUGACACACAAGCACUUAUCUAAAAGAAGAAAACCAAUACACCACGCACAGAGAGGAGAGUGCAAAGGCUUGUGAAACUAAAUUCAUGUAUUGAUGUCAUUGGUUAGAAGUUUGAUAGAACAUUUAUUUUCUUAUUAAAUGUAAUCUUACAAUUGUGCAAUCUUACAAUUUUCACAAUUGCUUGUUCAGCAUCAAAAGCCCUCAGGCCUUUAUUCUGCAUGUUUCUUCAGGACAUGACAGAUGAGACAAGAUAGGAUUUAUUGGAUUCUACCUCUAAAGUCUUGGGUCAUUACAACCGCUUUCAAAAUAAGUAUUUUGUUGCAGAUUAUUUUUGUGGAUAAUAAAAUAGACAAUCAUGGUAUAACUUGUUUUAUAUAAGUAUUGCUUUAAGCUAAAUUGUACACAGCAGUGAUACAGUAUAGGACUAGAUAUUAAUGUGAAACAACAGACAUUAGGAACAGGCCAAUACUUAAAGCCUUCCUGGGUGUUGACAACAUGCAACUUUUGGAAUAUCAACCCCUAAAAAGCAGAAUUAUUGAAGUAUAUGUGAGGUAUCAUUCUGGCUCAGAUCAAUUUGAGUUGAGUCAGGUAACUGUUUUAAUUUCUCUAUUUUAUGUCUUGAGCCUGAUGUAGAUUAAAAAUAUGAAGUGAAAUGAGUCGGAUCAUAUGAAGAAAUGUUCCUUUUUAAGUCAUCAUAAUUUACUUUGUGUCACUUGCAGGAAGGUAGUACGACUACAUGAGUAUGAUGUUUGAAGUAAAUGCUGAUGCUCUGAUGAAGCAGGUGUGUCUAACUUGGUACAUGUCUACUUAAUCAUAAGUUCUUUAGUCUAGAGUACCCUCAGAGUUUCAUCAUAGAAGCUAAUCACCCUUCUUUAACUAAUUGUUUUGACAUGAGAAGCUCUACAUAUGUCUCUCACCUGAGAUUAAAUGUUCAUGUGAAGCUUUUGAUAGGGAAUGUCACACAGGCCCUUCAUUUUUAUUAUGUUGAAAUAACUACGUUUUUUGUGAUUGGCUAAACAGUAAAAUUACCUUUACUGCUCUAAAUUUGGAAGCAUGUUAGCUAGCUGCCUCAUAAGCUACUUGUUUGCCAGUUUCCAGCUAUACUCGACCAAACUGGGUAAAGAGUAUAUUAUUGUUACAUGAUAAAAUUAUGUGUUUGUUUAAUGUUGGUACACUGUAACAAAAGAAACCUGAGAAUAUUUUUGAUGGAAAAUUACAUCUAUAAAUAAUAAAUAUCUCACUCUGAAAAAAAAAAAAAGUUUACAUUUAGGGCCUAUUCAUGUUCCUCAGUCAUGGAUAGGUAAGCAGGGUCUCCUUUUACUAGUGAACUUUGUGAGUGGAUUUCAGGAGAUGCUUGCAGGUUAAAGUGAAUCAUUCAAACUAUUUUUAUAAGCUAAAAUACAAUUGUUGUUAUAUAUGGAAUUAAAACUUUUAAUUCCAUAUGCCCAUUAUUGUCAGGCAUAUAACUAUGUCAUAUUUAGUCACCGGUUUGGUUAAAAGGGUUUCCCUAAAUGGCACUUCUGUCAGGUGUUCAAGGAGUUAAAAUCUUAGACAGACGAUAAAUGGAGUUGGAACGAUUGUGUCCAAUUAAGUCUUGGUCGCUUUCUGUUGAAAGAGGAGCACUGACUAGAGUGGUAGUAAACGUAGAGUAUGUGGGCAUUGGCACUAAGAUGGUACAUAAAUUCAAAAUAAACAAUCUUGAUUUUUAAAUGCAAAAUAAUGCAACUUUAAACAUGCAAUUAUGAAUCGUGAUUAACCAUUAAAAAUGUGUGAUUAAUCACGUCUACAUUUUAUAAUCGUUUAACAGCCCUAGUUCCUUCAUAAUGGUUUUCCAUAUUCUGUGAAGGUUUCUUAUUUUGCUUUUACUCCAUAAGUGGUGCUAAGAGCUGCAGUAGUUUUUUUUUUUUUUUUCGAAAUGCACCUAAUCAAGGUCGCCUAUCAGUCAUAUAUAAGGAGUAAAACUUUGAUGUCUUCUUUAUUGUUAAAAAUGCUAGGUGUGGUCUAUUGUGCUUUUGACCACAUGAUACUUCAGAAUAAUGUUGCACAGUAUUAAAAGUGUGAGGUGCAGCAUUGCACAGGCUGUUAACAGAGUGCACCACAUUUUGAUCAG